GCUACAGUUGCCCUACCGUCCCAUGUCUGCCGGCCCCGUACUGCAUCGCUCACCCCACUAUUACCAUCAUCCAGCGUCAUAUCCACAUCCGCAUCCGCAUCCACCACCAAAUCAUCAUUCAUCAUUGCGUCAUUUGGGAAGUGGCUCAGCUGCGUCGGCGCAACGGGAGAGGGAGCGGGAGGCACGUUGCGCCGCAGCCGUAGCCGCAGCUAAUACAAAAACGAUCGGCACCAAUACGCCUAGCAAAAUGGCAUUGCAACAGCAGCAACAACAACAGCAUGCAUCAUCGUUGGACAUAAACAAUCAAUCAAAUCAGAAAAAAGCAUACGCCACGGGCGAUAGUAACAACCAACCAAAUGACAAUCAGCAUCAGGAAUACGGCUGUGAUGACCAUAGGUCCCGUCGAGGCAGUGAAACUCAAAUACCACACUCGGAAUACGAACAAGAUGCGCACUUUAAUAAACACUUUUAUCCCUUGAAAAAAAUGUUUGAAUGUUCAAAAUUUAUGAAUCUUAAAUGA